AGAAGAGCAUCCGUACAGUUCCCGACGUCGCAGAACUAGAAAACUUCCCUGCACUCUUCUUCUUCAGCUUCCACCGAAGCGCGAUAAUGGCGGGAUCAACCGCUGCAUCUCUCGCCUGCCUACCCUCUCUCCGCCGCACGCGUCCCGUCCUCUCAUCGCGUUCUCCUUCGCCGCCUCCUCGCCUCCGCGCCGGAGCCGCCCCCUCGCCGAGCUCCCCCCGGGCCGCCGCCGCGAGGGGCUCGCUGGCCGCGGCGAGUCUGCUCGGCGCCGGCUGCUUGGCCCUGGCGCUGGCGAGCGCCGCGUCGGCCGCCGCUGCCGCCGAGCCGGCCUCGCUCCUCGUCGUUCCUUCUCUCCAGCUCGCCGAGCCCGCCAAUGCGCUGUCCUUGCCUACUUGGGCCGUGCACGUCUCCAGCGUCGCCGAAUGGAUCACAGCUAUGGCAUUGGUGUGGCAAUAUGGAGAAGUGUCUGGAUAUGAGUCCUGGAAAGGUCUUUCAUGGGGUAUGGUACCGUUGCUUGGCGGAGCAUUUUGUGCAUGCACAUGGCAUUUCUUUUAUAACUCUGAAUCCCUGGAGGUAUUGGUGGCCCUUCAAGCAGCAUUGACUGUGAUAGGAAAUGCAACAAUGUGCUUUGCGGCAUUCCGCAUAUACAGAGCAUCAGAGGAGCGCUCUGGAAAAUUGUGAAGUUUUCAUGGAAUGACCAUGAGUUUUCAUGAUGCUAGGAGCCGUCUCACUGGUGGAGGUUGAGUUCGAUGGUCCUUGACGGAUUACAUUGAUAUAGAAUUAAUCAUCAUGCAAGAGAUGCUGGAAAAGCUGGACCCUUCGAAAUUUCCUUGAGUUGAUUUAUAUGAUGUAUUCGUAUUUAUUCAUAACAGUGAAAUUAAUUCAAAGUUUCUGAUAAGUUUGUAUAGAUCAAUUGAUUGGUGCCAGCUUUCCAAUAGGCUUCAUUCAAAUGCAUCUCUGGAGUCUGGAUUUGUCAUCUGGUUGCCUCAUCUGUGGACUUACCAAUUUCUUAUUGGAGAAAAAUCCAUUUCCCAAUCGGUGUGUGAUCAGGUUCAGCUUGUAACAUGACAUCUAUGUAAAUCUGGAAAUAUGUUUUGCUUUUACCUUGUUAAUAAAUCCUAGUUGACUAA